CUCUUCUCGACCAUGGAAGAAACCGAACCUCAACAACGCCAAAGGAAAGCAACCGAUCAACCGAGCAACCGUGACCCCGAGCAACAAACCCUUUUGCCCCAAAUGCAAUCGAGCGCACUCAGGCGAUUGUAUUGCCGGAACCGACCAUUGUUUUCGAUGCAAGAAGCCCGGACACAUGGUCCGAGACUGCCCUAUCGCCCCGAGACAAGUGCCGGGACGAGUAUUCGCCAUGACAAGAGACCAAGCCGAAGCUGACCCGUCAAUGAUCGCAGGUACCGUUAAUGUGUAUAAUAAUUCCGUGUAUGCCCUCAUCGACUCCGGAUCAACUCACUCAUUCAUCUCAAGUACCCUCGUUGCCGAACUCCGCCUAGUCCGUAGUCAAGCCGAUGCCUUGUUUAGCAUACUCAUUCCUUCCGGUGAUGAACUUAAAUCCAAUUUCAUCAUCAAAGAUUGCCCUAUUCAGAUUCGUAACCAAACCCUAGCCUCCGAUCUGAUCAUUCUACCCAUUAAACAUUUCGAAAUAAUCCUCGGAAUGGAUUGGUUAUCAAAAUUCGACGCCCAAUGGAAGUUUUCUCGAAUUCCGAAGCUCGUACAAUCCGUCGAUUCCUAUCAUUUCCGCCAUCAAAGCGAGCAAACUUAUUCAAAAAGGACAUCUAUGUCAUUUGGUCGACAUAGUGGAAGCUCUCAACGAAGAUAAAACCGACAUUUCCAAAGUGCCAACCGUUUGCGAUUUUCCCGAUGUCUUUCCCGAAGAUCUCCCCGGUCUUCCGCCCGAUCGUGAAAUCGAAUUCGAAAUUAA